CGACAGCCAGCGCAAGCUCCUCGUAACUCGCUCUCGCACUUGGGGACUUGUUCUCCACGAUCGGCCCAUUCCAUCCUCUCGUCAGCUGUCGACUACUUCAUUGGUAACAAAUCUCUCCUCUGCUGCUGUAACAACCUUGGCUUGCCUCGCCGCCCUCAACUUCCUGUUGCGCGACGACGUUUCUCUGCCAGCGAGCUCUAUACGGAACCUCCUCGUUCGUUUCCCGGAUCCUAUAUCUACCAGCUCCUGCCUGCCUCCAGUCCCCUCGCACCCAUCUUUCAUUCUUCCAAGCCGCUCCAGCCCGAGUCGAGCUCCACUGACAAGUGCGAAUCCUGGUCUCGGCCCCGACCACCACCACCACCACCACCACCAUCAUCAACAUCUCGAGGUCAUCGACGUCCUCAAGUCCACCGCUGCGCUUGCGAACCUGCCCUCCACAUCUCCCAUUCUCCCGAUCGAGCCUGCGCUGCUUCAAGCCUUGCCCCCUCGGAACUCGAUAACGACGCUUAAUUGCCUCCCCCCGCACUCAGGCCGCAACCACAGGAGAACGCCCGUGCAGCUCCCUUUGCAGCUGCAGCCGCAUCUGGCGCUGCUUCUGCAGCGCUCUCGCUGUCGCAGCGCUACAGCCAACACCAUUCCUUCGACAUGGGUGCAUGUGGGAGCAAAGAAGCGUCGGCCGAGGACACGGAGCAGAAAAAGAGGAGUCAGGCGAUAGACAAGAAACUAGAGGAAGAUUCCCGCAGGUUACGGCGAGAAUGCAAAAUCCUACUGCUCGGGUCCGGUGAGAGUGGCAAGUCUACGAUUGUGAAACAGAUGAAGAUUAUCCACCAGAAUGGCUACACGCAGGAGGAGAGGGCACUCUACCGGCUCACCAUCUACAAAAACCUCAUUGAUUGCAUGAAGGCGCUGAUCGGCGCCAUGCAGCAGUUUGAAAUUGAACCAGAGGAUCAAACCGUCAAGGACUACGUGGACUACAUAAUGGAAUUUAACGUUGACCCGGAUCCGGAUACCUCGCUUGAUCCCAAAGUUGCCGACGCCGUUCAGGCCGUCUGGAAAGAUCCAGCGUCAGCGAAAACAAUGGAACGACAGAGCGAAUUCUACUUGAUGGAUUCAGCCCCCUACUUUUUCGAAGAGGUGCGAAGAUUGGCAGCGCCUGAUUAUAUCCCCAACGAGGCCGACGUCCUGCGAGCACGCACGAAGACGACGGGUAUUUAUGAAACCAGAUUUACCAUGGGCCAAUUGAGCAUCCACAUGUUCGAUGUAGGCGGGCAGCGCAGUGAGCGCAAGAAGUGGAUCCACUGCUUCGAGAACGUCACAUCAAUCAUUUUCUGUGUGGCACUCAGCGAAUACGAUCAAGUUUUACUAGAAGAAUCAAACCAGAACCGGAUGAUGGAAAGCCUCGUACUGUUUGAUUCAGUCGUCAACUCCCGAUGGUUCAUGCGGACCAGUAUCAUCCUCUUCCUCAACAAAGUCGACCUGUUCAAGGAGAAGCUAGGUCGAUCACCACUAGGGAACUACUUCCCUGAUUACUCGGGCGGCAACGACGUCAAUCGGGCCGCCAAGUACCUUCUCUGGCGGUUCAACCAAGUGAACCGAGCACAGCUCAACCUCUACCCUCACCUCACACAAGCCACCGACACGACGAACAUUAGGCUAGUUUUCGCCGCUGUGAAGGAGACCAUCCUACAAAAUGCCCUGAAGGAUUCGGGAAUAUUAUGAGAGCCACGACCAGAACCCAUUUUUCGUUUGUGUUUGGAAGUUGCAUUUUUGCCGGGCGUCCAGCGUCUCAUGUGAUGAAAUUGGGAGUCAUGACGGAUUGGGAAGGCGCCACUACCACGCGCUGCUAUAUUUUCUGCCUGGAGGCCUUUGAUGUUGCUCGACAGCGGUGUUCCGACUCUUUGUUUUGUUUCCCCGUGUUGCCGCCAAUCCUGCGCUUUUUGAGUUUGUCGCCGCAAAAAGUUCGCGUUUUGGAAUAGUCUUUUCGUUUGUCAAGUCAAGAGUUGGAGCAAGUGGUGAUGGAUAUCCUUGCGCACGUCAGGGCUGCUACGGCAAUGGGCUGUCAAUUGUUUGGAUUGGGACGAAGGGGCAGACUUGGCCAUUGGGACACCACGGCAUUCGCAGGAUGCUUGGGACGGAAUCUUGACCGUUGGGGCAGACAUGACGGACGACAUCAGCGUUCGAUCUUGCUCUCAGUCAAAGCCAUCCCGUAAGAACUGGAGACAGGAGGCGGACAGCAUUUGGAUAGUUGGCUGCAAAGCGAGAUACGACAUCUGAAGGCUGGGGACGUCGCCGUGUACUCAUAAUAAGACACUAUUUCAACGUGGGACCUCCUGUUUCUCGCAACAUCGGCACCAUCGGAAUCUCGCACCUUGAGGUAGGAUCGAGGCCCAAUGUGGAAAGCAAUUACACAGCAGCCGCCGGUGGAUUACAGGACAUGGUGGUUCUUCUGUCAUGGGCCUUGAUGAGCUCAGCAUCAGAAUGUACGUGGAUAGUGCACCCUAGGCGGCGGUGGUCUGAUUGAUAUCACGCCACAGCCUUGCCUCUUUUCCAGCGAGUCUUUGGACUCCAAUGUCCC